ACGUAACGUAACGUAACGCGGGUAACGAAAACACGGGAGGUCGAGAAUAAAGAAAAGAACCCGCAUCUCAACAACUGACCACCAGCAUCUCCCCUAAACCACCCUCUGCACUACUCUCUGGACAUUCGUGUGAUGCGUGGAUAAUAUCGUCGGGUUGCUGUUUUGUCGCGAAGGCACCUACUCUAGUGAUUUAUCGCCUUCCACAGCAACCGCCGCCGUGGCAAACGACGUACUACGUGGGCCUGAUUAGGACAGGGGGGAGGGCUGGCGCGUUCUAAUACCCUGCUUCCAGCGUAGUCAUCUCGUAUCGCCAGCAGCCAGAACACGCCAAGGAGAAGGUGCUGCGCCCGUAGUGAAUGCGCUACCGACCACAGCAGCAGCACAGGAUGAGCACGACCUACCCGAAGGCCCCGAUCGGUAUCCGCGUGAUUAGCUACCUCUCGGCCAAGCUAUGUCCCCGCUGGCAGAUCAACCGGGCGCUCUGGUUCAAAUGUUCCGUCCUGGGGCUGACCUAUCUGGCCUACACCUGCUACCACAUGACGCGCAAGCCACUCUCAGUCGUUAAGUCCGUGCUUCACCGGAACUGCUCCGGUGUCACACUACCGCCGGAAUUCAGCAACGCCGCUUCAACGGAUGGUGGUGGUGGUGGUGGAGGUGGUCCAGUGCCUCCGAAUGAUAGCACCUGGUGCGACUAUCCACCGUUCGAUGCACCCGACUUCAACGCGCUGCUCGGAACGCUCGAUUCGGCCUUCCUGUUCAGCUACGCGAUCGCCAUGUUCGCGGCCGGUUUCGUGGCAGAGCGUGUCUCGCUCCGCUACUUCCUGGCGCUCGGAAUGGCUCUGUCCGGUGUGUUCUGUUACCUGUUCGGGAUGGCCAAAGUGUACGACGUGCACACGAUCUGGUAUUUUGUGUUUGUGCAGGCAAUGGCCGGGAUGUUCCAGACGACCGGCUGGCCCGGUGUCGUGACCGUCGUUGGCCGCUGGUUCGGCAAAUCGAAGCGCGGUCUCAUCUUCGGCAUCUGGAACAGCCACACCUCGAUCGGUAAUAUUCUCGGUGUCAUGAUCGCGGCCCACUACGUCGAGCGCGACUGGUCGCUGUCCUUCAUCGUGCCCGGCUUCCUGAUGGGAGUGGUCGGUUUCGUUCUGUUUCUCUUCCUCGUCGAGCGACCCGAUAUCGUCGAUUGCCAGGAGAAGGUGGGUGAUCAUCGGCAACGAAUUGGCGCCAACGCCGUCGGUGGUGGCCCCUCUAGCUCUCGCGGCUGGGGAGAGGUAGAUGCUGCCGAUGUCGAGGAUGUAGCCGGUGUUAGCACGGAACAGGACAAUGUAUCGACGAGAAGCUUGCGUGGCAGUUAUUAUUCCAAUUCCGAAAUCAACGAACGGACACCGAUUAUCGGCAGCAUUAACCGAGAGCCGGCCCGCGAUCGUGUGAUCGGGUUCUACGAUGCACUCCGCAUUCCUGGAGUGCUGCAGUUCUCCUUUAGUCUGUUCUUCUCCAAGCUCGUCAACUAUACAUUCCUCUUUUGGCUGCCAUUUUACAUUCAAUCGUCAUCAUCGAUGGGCCCAGAGCUGUCCGCUCACGUAUCGACAGUGUUCGAUAUUGGCGGAAUUAUCGGUGCGAUAGCGGCCGGUAUGAUGUCGGAUGCAAGCGGUAAACCAGCCACUACCUGUACCACCAUGAUGGUCAUUGCCGCACCACUGCUACUUGUAUAUCGUUAUUGGGGUAACGUGUCGCUACCGCUUAACAUCCUAAUCCUGCUACUGGUGGGUUUGGUGGUCAACGGGCCGUACGCACUCAUCACGACAUCGGUCAGCGCCGAGCUGGGCCAGCACAGCUCGUUGAACGGAAACGAUAAAGCGCUCGCCACGGUGACGGCGAUCAUUGAUGGUACCGGUUCGGUUGGCGCGGCCAUUGGCCCUCUGCUAGCCGGCAUGUUUUCCGACUGGGACAACGUGUUCUACAUGCUCGUCACGGCCGACCUGCUCGCUCUCUGGUUGCUGAUGGGUAUCGUCCGGAGGGAGCUAUCGCGCCGCAACGCUAACCUUAACGUACGCAUCGAAUGAUCGCGAGGUGCUGGUGGGGUUCCGCGAGCUCCGUAGGGGAAGGGGAUCCACGAUUGGGUUCAACAAAAGGCUGUCCAUGUAUAAGAGUAUAGCUUCUUUAAAGUUUAAUUUUUAAAUCCUGCAAAACGAUCUUCUAAUAAAAACACAAACCGUUUACCACCAAAUGAUUGCAGAGUUGCUUC